UUAUACCUGAAUUCAUAAAAAAAAUCCAAAUUGAAUUAAAGUACAAAAGGCCCCGAAUAAGAAAUUGGUAAGCCCCCUUUUGUCACUUUGCAAGAGGAAUCUCGAUUAAUCAACACGCAAGCAUCUUCACCACAAUAAAAUUAAACGCUAACAGCAGAAACAAGAGACAUAGAAGGUUCAUUACCCAUGACCAAUCCACUGAACCUCACUUCAAACUUUUUCUUCUUCAUCUUCACGGUGACCAUCCUCUACGUGGCUUACACCUUCCCAAGGCUCCAACCAAAUCAAACCAACCUCGUCUUCUAUGUCCACGACCACUUCAGCGGCGAGGACACCACGGCAGCCACCGUGGCCGGAAAGAGUGGACCCAGCUCUAGUAUCCUACAGUUCGGCACCGUGGCAAUCGUGGAUGACCCAGUAACAGAUGGAGCCAGCAUAGAGUCAACACUCAUUGGUAGGGCCCAGGGCGUGUACAUAAAUUCGCAGCUUGACGGUAAAGGCUUGUACAUGGUUUUUUCAGUGAUCUUCACCGGUGGUGAGUUCAAAGGAAGCAGCUUGGAGAUUCAGGGAUCAGAUAUCUUCACGAUGAAGGAACGAGAAUUCGGAGUUGUGUCCGGCACUGGUUAUUUUCGUUUUGUUAAGGGGUAUGGGAUUAUGGAAACAGAGUUCAUGGAUAUAGCUAAUCUUAGAGCUACUCUUAAGCUCAAUGUAACAGUCAAGCAUUAUUAGGAAAACUUUUAUGUUUUCUGAGAUUUAAUUUCUGUUGAGAAUAUUCCAGAUCAAAGAGUGGUUUUUACAAUUGACAUCUUAUGCUGUAUGCUUUAUAUAAAAAAAUAU